AUGACUGAUAUGAACGAUAAUUUAACACUGUCACUUACAUGUGCAAUUUGUUUGGAUUUGGCUUCAGCAGAAAAUGCUAUUGAAACAUCCUGUUGUCAUCAUUUAUUUUGUUUAUCUUGUAUUGAAAAUGUUCGACCAUGUCCAUUUUGUCGAGCAAAUAAUUUUCAAACAACUCCUGCUUAUUUUGCACGUCGCCUCAUCGGUGAUAUGCUUGUAAUAUGUCCUAAUGAUGGUUGUUCUACUAAAAUUAGUCGUUCUGAUUUACCGAAUCAUAUUACUGUUCAUUGUGCUUAUAGAAUAUUAACUUGUCCUGAUCCACAAUGUAAAGAUUUCAAAUGUACAAAGAAUCUAUUUCUAGAACAUUUAACUAAACAACAUGGACAGUUUAUAACGAAUAAUUAUGAAAAAUUAUGGCAAACACAGACCGACAUUAAACAAAUUACAAAAAAUAAAAAAUCAAACGUUGGCAGCAGUGCUUCUGCAACCAAUAAUGAAUCUACUUUUGAUGAUCGAAUUGAACAGACACAAAAUAAAUUUGGUCGAGAAGCACGUCUAGGUAUAAGUGGUAAAUUUUAUUGUGGUGGUCAGUUAGAUGGUUUACGGUGUUUAUGUUGUAAUGGUAAAUGCGGAUUAUCGACUGGUUGUAAUUGUUCAGGAUGUAUGUUACUUGAUGUUAAAAAACGAAACUUAUCAUAUGGAUGGUUAGUUAAUCGUGAUGGAGCAUCAGCUAGAUGUAGUCCACAAGAACCGACAAAAUUCUAUUGUGGACGAAUGGUAAUGACACACAAUAUACGUACCGAUGGAUAUUGUGGACCCACUAAUGGAGAACAAUGUAAAGCAUGUCAGAAACUAAGUGAACAACAACAUAACAGAUAUGGAGGAAUUUGGACACAGUAA